ACAAGCACUGUAAUCUAAUCAGUCGUUUGUUGAAACCGCAGUUAACAAACCGAUUAAUUCACAACAUACAUACGACAAACGUGCAACACAUUCUUCCCCCGAAGAAUUUUCACUCAGCAUCUUCACAUAUAACACACAAACAGACAUAGAUUCUAGUGGCAACAUUCAUACACAAGCUUCAACAGCCAUGGCUUCCACCCAGUUUCUAUGCAGUAGUCGCCAGCUCUACACCUCCAAAACACAACCCAAUUGUUUCAGAAACGGGGGCCUCAAAACCCACCUACCCUUUUCGUUUUCUACCAAGAAAACCCAUUUUAAAACGGCCCAUUUUGUCACAAUCAAAGCUUCUGCUGGCAAGAAACAAGUAGAGAUAGUGUACAAUCCUGAUGAGAGGUUGAAUAAGUUAGCUGAUGAAGUGGAUGCAAAUGCUGGACUUUCAAGACUCACUCUCUUUUCACCUUGCAAGAUAAACGUUUUUUUGAGAAUAACUAGCAAGAGGAAGGACGGAUUUCAUGAUUUGGCAUCACUCUUCCAUGUGAUAAGCCUAGGAGAUAAAAUUAAGUUUUCUUUGUCACCAUCAAAGUCCACAGAUCGACUAUCGACAAACGUUCCUGGUGUCCCUCUUGAUGAUUCUAAUCUGAUCAUUAAAGCUCUUAAUCUCUACAGAAAGAAGACUGGCAGUGACAAAUUCUUUUGGAUUCAUCUUGAUAAAAAGGUGCCUACAGGGGCGGGACUUGGUGGUGGAAGUAGCAACGCGGCAACUGCUUUGUGGGCAGCAAAUCAGUUUAGUGGUUGUAUUGCCACUGAGAAGGAGCUUCAAGAAUGGUCUGGUGAAAUAGGUUCUGACAUUCCCUUCUUUUUCUCAAAUGGAGCAGCCUAUUGUACAGGCAGAGGUGAGGUUGUUCAAGAUCUUCCAGCACCUAUACCAUCUGAUAUUCCAAUGGUUCUCAUAAAGCCCCCAGAGGCAUGCUCCACGGCUGAAGUCUACAAGCGUCUUCAACUGGAUCGAACUGUUUCUGUUGAUCCUCUGACCUUGUUGGAGAAGAUAUCAACAAGCGGCAUUUCUCAAGAUGUUUGUGUUAAUGAUUUAGAAAUUCCUGCUUUUGAGGUUCUCCCGUCUUUAAAAAGAUUGAAGCAGCGCGUGGUCGCCGCAGGUCGCGGACAAUAUGAUGCUGUUUUUAUGUCUGGGAGUGGAAGCACCAUAGUAGGAGUUGGCUCUCCAGAUCCACCACAAUUUGUAUAUGACGAUGAAGAAUAUCAGGAUGUAUUUUUGUCAGAAGCCAGCUUUAUUACCCGCGAACCUAAUCAAUGGUACAGAGAACCUUAUGCAAGCAAUGCUGGUGCCGAUUCAACUGCAGACUUUGCUCAAAGUGUUUAAGACUAUAUAUGUGAAACUUUCCUGUAAUUGUAGCUCUGUUUCCCUUUCCUGCCGUAAUGUUGUUGUGCUUAAACACUUAUGAACAACAUUAGUUGCUAUUAUUUUUCUUAUCA